GAACACAACAAAAUUACGAAGCAAAAGUCUGAACAUCAUUGGAAACUCUAAACAGGAGCGCUAUGACUGCGACUAACGUAAACAACAAUUUAAAAGCAGCCUCUUCACGUUACUUAACACAAGAAGAUCAUUUCCGGGCGACUAUUUGGAAGGAUCCUCCCCUUUCGCACAAGUCUUUGCUUAUUGGUGAAAAUAUGAACAGGUCGAAGUUCGUUUUGGGAUAGUCGAUGGCGUCAAAUGACGUGAUGUUAGACAAUUCAGAAGCUAGUUAUGGUUGUGGAUGGAGUAUGCUUUUUAGCAGUUGAUAGGCAUGUGAAGCGAUAUCGACUAUGUGUUAUUAAGGUGGAAUCCGUUGUUGGCGAGAAGCUUUAUUAUAUCUGUGGGCAGUGGAAGAGACCCUGUGGUUAGCUCAGGUUGCUAAGAUUGUGUUCUCUGCUGCCCAUGCAGAUGUUUAUAAUUUAUUCUGUCUUGGGGCUUACACUUCCAGGCUUUCUAACUCCUUUACAUAUUCUGGCGACCCUGUUGAAAGAUACGUGGCUUAUCUGCCUUGUUUUUCGCUAUCCGUUUACAGGUAAAACCCUUCGAGACGAGCAGAAAUACUAGACCAAAAAGAACUGACUGGAAGAGGACUAGAUACCCAUAUGUGUGGGAGAAGGAUUAAUUGACUACUUCCUGUAUUCAGCCUACAAUGCCUGUGUCCUGGUAAUGGCAAAAUGUGUCAUGGCAGUAUAAUAUAUCUAGUUCGACUGACGUAUGGCUAAUAGAGCGGUGGCAGUCAGACAUGAAAGUGGACCACAUUCCAGUCUGGAUUGUUUCAGUUUUAUUUCACUUGAAGCUUAAUGCUGGAGACUACAUCUGUAUGUCUUCAGAGAUUCAGCCUCUGAAAUUUUAUCCAUGUUCUUGGGUAAUAUGCCUUCUUCAAACACUUCUUCUGUAUCAGAAAAAACUUCUUCAUUAGGGGCUGAAAAGCCAAAAGGAGAACUUCAUUCACAUUUUUCAUCUUUUUUCGAAAAUCGGACAGAAAAUUUUGUGAUAACGAGGAGUGACAGUGUAUCUGGAGAAAAUGUGUUAAAAGUCACCAUCACAGAGACUGUAGUAAUUGAAUCAGACUCUGGCAUAUGGAAUUCCAGAGCUUUAACCUACCUCAUUCUGUGGUAUUUCUUCAGUUUCUGCACACUUUUUCUCAACAAAUAUAUCCUCACUCUCCUGGAAGGAGAACCAAGUAUGCUAGGUGCUGUUCAAAUGCUUUCAACUACUAUGAUUGGCUGUCUGAAGAUGUUUAUUCCAUGCUGUUUGCACCAGCACAAGAGCCGUCUGGCUUACCCUCCCAACUUCCUCAUGAUCAUGUUAUUUGUUGGGUUAAUGAGGACUUUGGGUGAACUUGGCAUUGCUGCCUGUAAUGGGAGGUCUUGCUCUCUGCACAGUGACUGAGAUCAGCUUCAACAUGCUUGGAUUCUCUGCAGCGGUGUCCACUAACAUCAUGGAUUGUUUACAGAACGUAUUUUCCAAAAAACUUUUAAGUGGAGAGAAGUAUAAAUUCACAUCAGCAGAGCUCCAGUUUUACACAAGUGCUGCUGCGGUGCUCCUGCUUAUCCCAGCAUGGAUAUUUCUCAUGGACCUUCCAGUGAUUGGAAAAAGUGGAAAGAGCUUCAGCUACAAUAGUGAUGUCAUUGUACUGCUGCUGUUUGACGGAGUCUUGUUUCACCUUCAGAGCAUCACAGCCUAUGCACUUAUGGGAAAAAUUUCACCUGUCACUUUCAGUGUUGCUAGUACAGUGAAGCAUGCCCUCUCAAUCUGGCUAAGUAUAAUUGUGUUUGGAAAUAAGAUCACUUAUGCCUCUGCCAUUGGAACUCUGUUGGUAAUAAUCGGUGUGCUUCUGUACAACAAGGCAAAGCAAUACCAGAGGGAAAAAAUAAGGAACAUGACCACAAAUGGCAUUAACCAACGCACAGAGCCAUUUGUUGCACCAGAUUUGAAAUCAGCUGAGGGCUAGCACUGAGUAUGUAAAAAGUGGAAUUAAAAGAAAUCACCAAGUCGACCGCUGCUUGUUUGGGGUGUUCACUAGAUAUGACACGAUUCACCAGAAGAUUAUAUCAGCCGAACUGUAGCACCCCUGUUGAUACCCAUUCAGUGAAAAGUGAAUAAAUAUCAUGUAGUUAUCAAGCAACUGAAAGUUUACAUGGAGGUCCUAAAAACCAGUAAAAUAGGCUUUUUAUGUAAGCAUGCAGCUGCCUGUGGCAUUUGGAACAGUACUAGAUGAGAUGGCAGUGAAUGUGAAAAACAGCAUAAUGCUGUUAGUGACCAUUUAGAAAUGGUAUCUGGAAACUAAAAUUCAUAUCAUAUAAGAAUGAUGUACUUCAAAAUCUGGUUAAAAUUAACAGUCUGCCUUCUGUAUGCUAUUUGCAUAAUGCUAACAGCAUUUGAAAGGUAGAACUAAUUUGUUUAUAACAAUGUGCUGCUGUCAGAUUUCAGUAUACAGAAUUGUUAGAAACUACUGUGAAGGCAAGAGAACUUGUAUGGAAGAUUUAAGAAUUAUGAAUGGUUUGAAGGGUUAACCUUCAUGUAUUGCUAAUUUUUAAAUCUCUUAAUAUUUUACGAUGAGUGCAACUGUUUUGGAUUUUGAUGCCUACGCUGUAUCUGGGCUCAUAAAGUCAAAUGUGCUUACCUUUUUAAAGAUUGCAGUCCUUUCUAGAUGGUGUUGUGUUGGCCAGUGAACUACAUUCCUUACCCACUCAGUCAAGUAUUUGUACCCAAGUACUAUGAUGUGGCCAUUAGUAGUUAUCCUAUAAGUAAGGCAUGUCUGCUGUUCCAGACUGAGGCCAGCAAAGAAAGACAGCAAAUGAAAUGUUUUAAAGUGUAUUCAGAAGUACUGUGUUUAAAGUCACUGGACCUACAAGGCAUUUUAACCUAAAAUUCAGGAACAAAGCUCCAGUAAUUGGCAGUAGAUUUUCUUCACUUUUUCAAACAUUGCCACCCUUUGUAAUGCUGUGAUGGAGUUUGUCAGAAUGUGGGAGGUAGGGAUGGUCUUCUGUUAUCAAUCUAAGAUGAGAGAGUAAUCCAAAUAAUCUAGGACAUAGUAACUCUGAUUGAUCAAAAGCAUUAUAGGUGGGAGCUUAUGCUUCAGAGGUUCUGGGGUUGGCACGUCAUUCUGUCAAGAGGCUUGUUUCUGAAUAUUUUUCCAUCAUGGGCCCAAUAGUGAAACUGCCACCGACCGUGAUGUAAUUUACUAAAUGCAGUUGAUCUUUUAGGUUUGGCAUCACUCAAACUGUUGCCUCUCUCUGAGGGCCAUUGUCAAGGAUUAAGUCCCUUCACUCCAAGGUGCUGCUACAUUGGUGUUUAAGUAAGUGGUACAGCCACAUGUAUGGGGUGUGGAGGGGGGACUUACCCACCCCACCCCACCCACCUUCCGUGACAGGGAAAUUGUUAUUUUUGGAGUUUAAAUGAAAACAUUCUUUCUGAAAGACUGUUUUUCAAAGGAAAUGUGAGGCUGUUGAUUUUGGGCAACAUAGCUGCAGCAGUCACUUUGAGACUUUUUUUUAAUUUGUGAUGAUAAGUUCCAUGGCACUAAAUGGGUUUUGCAGCUCCCAAAUUUGUUAAAGGUCAAGAUUAUUUUGUGGAAGUAUGGGCCCCCAACCUUUAGACCCAGGCUUAGUGAGUUAUACCAGUCUUAUGAUGCACUGCACAGAAGCACUUCUCCGAAGGGUGCUGAAACAAAUGUAUCCUUUUAUUUGGAUGCAUUUCUUGCUUUUCCACAAGGUUGAAGGUGCAGUUUCAGACUGCUGUGCUGAAGUAACUCCUGAAAUGUGAUGAGCAGAGUGGCUUUGAAGAUACAGAACAUUAUUUAUUUUUACAAGUUAACAAGUUUUAGGGAUAAUGUUCCUAAUGAGAUGGCAAGUAUUGAUUUAGCAGUGCCUAGCAUCUGUCUGAGCAGCUUUGAUUCCGACAGUCAUUUCAUUCAGCCUCCACCAAAAUGUUUUAUUCAUCAGUUAAUUCACCUUUGCCCCCUCCCCCCCCAUACUGAAAUUCUUCUGUCAAAUGCUCAGCCAGCCCCUCUACCUCCGUUAGUAUUGAGCAUCAUUGUUUGUUCUCAAAACUGUAACACUAACUACAUAAGUGAUAUAUGUUUGGUUGUGGUUUUAGCCAUUCUGAGCAAGCAACUAGUGCAAGAGGUACUGCAAAACAGAGAUGAGGUACUGGAAAUUUUAAAGCCUUAAGGAAGAAGACCUCUCAGUACAUGUCUUGUGAAGGCGGUUUUAAAAGGAAGCAUUGACAGAUUAGGUCAUUAAACUGAUUACAAGAGUAUAAUGUACUGUAAAACCUGCUAAUUAAGUGUUACUUCUAGGUGUGGAACUUUUCUUGUUGAUUCCAUUGUUGGUUACUCACAUUAGCUAAAAUGGUUUAAUUUUUUAGUAUUCUUUUAGUUGUAAAAUUAGAGAGAUGUCCUUCAAAUAAAUAUGAAAUGAUCCUCUACA